AUGGCUUCAAAUCAAUCUUCAAAAUAUUUAAUAUCAAAUUCAAUUUAUAAACCUUUUUUUACGGAUUUGGGGUUAGAAGAAGAAAAUUUAGGUGUUUUCGAUGGAAAAUGGUUUGCAAAUGGAGAAGUAAUUGAUUCAAUAAGUCCAUCAACAAACGAACCAAUAGCACGUGUUCGUCAAGGUUCUCAAGAUGAUUAUAAUAGAAUUGUUGAAUCAUCUGCAAAAGCUUUUCAAUAUUGGUCAACUAUUCCAGCACCUAAAAGAGGUGAUAUUGUCAGACAAAUUGGUGAUGAAUUAAGAAAAAAUCUUCAAUCACUUGGAAAAUUAAUUUCAAUGGAAAUGGGAAAAAUUCUUCCUGAAGGUGUUGGAGAAGUUCAAGAAUUUAUUGAUAUUUGUGAUUAUGCUGUUGGACUUUCAAGAAUGUUUGAAGGAAAAGUUUUACCUUCAGAACGUCCUGGUCAUAUAUUAAUGGAACAAUGGAAUCCAUUAGGAAUAAUUGGUGUAAUAACAGCAUUUAAUUUUCCUUGUGCUGUUUUUGGAUGGAAUCAAGCUAUUGCUCUUACUUGUGGAAAUGUUACACUUUGGAAAGGUGCUCCAACAACUCCUUUAACAAGUAUAGCAACAACAAAAAUAGUUGAACGUGUUUUAUCACGUAAUGGUUUACCAGGUGGUUUAUCAUCAUUAAUAUGUGGAGGAUCUGAUAUUGGAAUAUCAAUAUGUAAAGAUAAACGAAUUCCACUUGUUUCAUUUACUGGUUCAACUCAAGUUGGAAAACAAGUUGCUUUAACAGUUCAAGAACGUUUUGGUAAAACAAUUCUUGAAUUAGGUGGAAAUAAUGCUAUUAUCGUUAUGGAUGAUGCUGAUCUUAAUUUGGCUAUUCCUGCUGUCUUUUUUGCUGCUGUUGGAACAGCUGGACAAAGAUGUACUACGGCAAGACGUCUUAUUGUUCAAGAAGGAAUUUAUGAUGAAGUAUUAACUCGUCUUGUUCGUGCAUAUGAACAAAUUGAAUCUCGAAUAGGUGAACCAUUUGAAGAAAAUGUUCUUUAUGGACCAUUACAUACAAAGCAAUCUGUUCAAUUAUAUGAAAAAGCAUUGGAACAACAACGUCAAGGAAAUUAUGUUCAACCAACAAUUGUUACACAACUUAAACAUGAUUCUCCUAUUGUUCAUCAAGAAACAUUUGCACCUAUUCUUUAUGUUUUGAAAUGCAAAACAUUUGAAGACGCUGUUCAAUGGAAUAAUGAAGUUAAUCAAGGUUUAUCAAGUUCAAUAUUUACGACUAAUCCAGAAUAUUUAUUUAAAUGGACUGGUCCCAAUGGAUCUGAUUGUGGAAUUGUUAAUGUUAACAUUCCAACAAGUGGAGCUGAAAUAGGUGGUGCUUUUGGUGGAGAAAAACAUACAGGUGGUGGAAGAGAAUCAGGUUCUGAUGCAUGGAAACAAUAUAUGAGACGAUCGACCUGCACAAUAAAUUAUUCAAAAGAACUUCCAUUGGCCCAAGGCAUUAAAUUUAUUUAA